AUGAGUAUUAAUGCUCCGAAGCUAAGGUCAUUUGUCUUUCGUGGCGAUAUACAAUUGAUACAUCUUGAAAAUGUCCCUGUUCUUUCUAAUGUUCUAUAUGCGCCUAGAGAAUUAGUUCUAGAGGACGAAGAUGAUUUUGUCAAUAUUUUUUUGUCUAUUCCUGCUCUCGAGUAUUUCAGCUGGGAUCUUUUUGAGGUCGAUAAUGGAUCAGUUAAAGUUAUACCAACAAGGCUUCCAGCAGUUCUUAACUGUCUGAAAUGGCUAUUCAUGUCUUGGAUUACUCUUGAAUGUAUCCUUAGUGAUGGAGAUUAUUUCGAAUGUGUGCCCCAGGAGGUUGUUGAUGAGAUUCCUGCAAGCGUUUCGGAUAUGCAGCUUAUCAAGGUUUUAUUGGCAAAGUCUCCAGCACUGGUGAAAAUGAACUAUUUUGAACAUGCGCGCCGGGAGGCUGUUGAUGAUAUUCCUAAAAGUUUCUCGGGUAUGACAUUUAAUCACCUGAGGACAAUAAAGAUUUAUGAUGUAACAGGAGUAGCAGCUGAAAUGCCGCUUAUCAAGGUUUUAUUGGCCAAGUCUCCAACACUGGUCAGAAUGAUAACCAAGCCCUGUGAAACGGAAGAUAAAAAAUCUUUCGAAGUACUCGUUGAGGUAACAAAAUUUCAGCGUACAUCAUCCAAUGCAAAAGUUGUGUAUAGUGUAGAUUAG